AUUCAGAAAAUGGAGGCGUGUGGAUCGUGUACUGCGCAUGCGUGAACGUUCCUACUACGGAUUCCCCAGCAGACAGCGUUGACCCAGCGGGUCUGCAGCGCUAUCGUUUACCGCGACACACUUCCAGGAGGAGGUUUAGUCCAAAAGUGUCUCAUCGAGUCUCAGACUCCUUCCCGCCACAAGAUGUUCGGCUUCCACAAGCCCAAGAUGUACCGGAGCCUGGAGGGCUGCUGCAUCUGCAGGGCCAAGUCCUCCAGCUCGCGCUUCACCCACAGCCAACGCUACGAGCCCCACCUCCAGGCCUGCUUCAGCCUGGGGGAGGUGCGUUACGGGGACAUCUGUAACGCCUGCGUCCUGCUGGUGAAGAGGUGGAAGAAGCUUCCGGAAGGUUCGAAGAAGAACUGGAACCACGUGGUGGACACCAAAGGGGGGUCCAGUCUGAAGACCGCCCUGAAGACGAAGAGGAGGAAGAGUCGCCCGAGCCACCACAGCCGGGCGGAGAAGCACCUCAAAACACUGAACUCCGACGCCCACAGCUCCUCCAGCACCUCCCCUCCACCGUCGCCUAGCUACAGCAACCAAUCAGACGAGGGCUCGGACACGGAGGCCAGGCCUGGCCACGCCCACUCCACAGCGUUCACCUUCCUGGACCUCACCUACUGGAAACGGCGACGUGUGUGCUGUGGCAUCGUCUACGCCGGCCGCUACGGUGAGGUCAUCAUCGACCCCCAGCUGUUCAAACCGUGCUGUCGCAAGCUGCCCGUGGAGGUGGUGGAGCAGGAGAAGGUGGAGCAAAGGGUGGAGGAGGGGAUGGAUGAGCAGAAGGUGGAGCAGCAGAAGGUGGAGCAGCAGAAGGUGGAGCAGCAGAAGGUGGAGCAGCGGCAGAAGUUGGUGGAGCAGCAGAAGGUGGAGGUAGAGAAGAAGGAGAUGGAGGAGGAGGAGGAGGAGGAGGAGGAAGGGCACACUGAGACGGCAAGGAGCUCCCAGUGUCCUCAGGUCCAACAGGAAGUGAGUGUGAGUGAGUGACGGGAAGGAGAUGAGAGACGUCAACGCCAUACACUUCCUGGAUGCUGCAAGACCCUGAAGACAUUUGAAGCUUUCCUAUCUGAAGCUGCGGCAAACCUUUCUUUGUUUGGUUACCGUUGGCCUCCAGGCAGCGCUGAAGAGUCUUGUGUGUCUCGGGGUUUUGGAGAAUCGGUUUUGUUAUUCUUGUGUUUAAGACGCUGGAUCCCAGCAAGCGGCCAGGCUUUGGUUUACCUCCAGCUCGACCCCUUGACCUCCAGCAGGACACCUUGACCCCGGGACCUCCACCUUGACCCCGGGACCUCCACCUUGACCCCGGGACCUCCAGCUCGACCCCUUGACCCGGGACCUUCACCUUGACCCCCAGCAUGACCCCUUGACCUCCAGCUCGACCCCGGGACCUCCAGCUCGACCCCGGGACCUCCAACACAUCUUUGACCCCUGGAUGGGCCGCAACGCCGUUCUUCCGACCACGAUUUCUACGCAAAUCACAGGAAUAAGCUAAAAAUAAUUUUGUUGAUGUGUUUGUUUGUGUAAGAACUUUUUUCGGUGCAAGAACGGUCCUCCCUUCCAUAGAGGGCCGUUGCCCUGGCAAUAGUCUCCGUUCCUCCAGAGAGGAAAAGUUUAAAAAGACGCAACGGUAAUGAUUAAUCUGUAAGAAGAAAAAAAAGACUGUAAAGACUCAAAGCAUGACUGUGGAUCGCUGUUCAGAUGAAUAAAUUUAUAGAAGAAGUCCCGGUUCACGAUGGAAGCACAAACCAAAUACCUAAUCAGGGAAACGAUGCAGCAGCUAUGGACAACACUUAACCUUGAUAAGCUAAGAUUCAUUAAGUGGCUCACAUGAUUAUUUGGUCUCCGUCCACACGGAGCUGAAACAGGUGGUUCAGGAAUAUGCGGUUUUAUGUGGUUCAGGAAUAUCUCCGUAAAGACGGGGUCAUUGCGAAACCGCAUCGAGCUGUAGAAACGCUGUGCUGUAGUAAAUAAUCAAGGCGCUGGUUCUCCACAGAAAAAAGUGGAGCGCAUCAAGCCUGCGCGCUGUAUACAAACAUUCAGUCACGGAGAUUCAACCUUUUAAAUUGAACAGAAAUACUUUUUAAUAUAGUUAGUAAUUCAAUUUAUCAAGGGGCUUUGUUUAAAGCUACAAAAAGAAUACAAAUAAAAUAAUUAAUAAUUUCAACGCAACUCUGACGUCCCCGAGCUGGUGGGGGGGCUAAUGUCGUCGUCGUUUGCGUUUCAGGCGUUGGAUUGGAUGAGCGAAUCAAACCCCAGGAGUAUUUAUGAUGCAAACUCUGGCGUUCAAACUGUUGUUUAGUUUUAUUUUAGUGUGUUGUGGAGGGGGGGUCACCAAACUUUUUAACCUGAGAGCUACUUCAUGGGAACUGAGUCGUACGAAGGGCACCCAGUUUGAUACUCUUCUGAAAUAACAAAUUUGCUCAGUUUGCCUUUAGUUAUGUAUUAUUUAAUAGCUAAUGAUACUCAUCUAUGUGAAGACACUGAUCAUGUUAAUGAUUUCUCACAAUAAUUAUCAACGAUUACUUAAAAAAGGUGGGAAAGAGUUGCUAGAGAUUGAGUUGUGCUAUGUUUAGAACAGGCCUGCGGGCACCUCAUAUGGUCCUUGCGGGUGCCCUGGUGGGGACCCCUGCUCUAAACUCUAAAUGGUCUCAUAUAGAAGCAUAGGUACUCUCACGUAGCAUUUCACUCACUGAUAUCUGACGGAUACAUAUGCCCAUCAAUAUGCAUUUAAAUGGUUGCUCAUUAAACUUUCUAAUGUUGUAAAUAGUUAUUGUCUUGGCCAAGCGGAUAGAUGGAGCCGCAUGGUGCAUGAGGGCCUGCAUGAGCUUCUGAAGGGUUGAGCAGCUGCUCUGCUAGUGCUUGGAGAUAUAUUUUUGUAGAUACGGUGAAUAAAGCCAACACAGGUGAUUGAUUCAGCCCUCUUCUUGGACUUAAGUCACUUCUAGUUAUUUGAAUAAGCUAGCUCUCCCUUUUCUUAUGUAUUGUUAAUAUAUUUGACGUCUUGUCACGAAGCUGUCAAACAUCACCCGCCACCAGGGGCCGCUGCAGACUUCACUAUGUCAACCACAAUAUCUAUUCUAGUGGUCAUGUUCUUGUAUAUAAAUUGUCAGACAUUCAUUCCGUUCCGUCACUUUAUUUUGUACUUUUUCCAAAAUAACCUAAGAGAAUGCCUAAUUAUUUUUGUUCUGUUUAUUCAAUUGCUAGUACUUUCACUUUUAAUUGCAAUCUUAUUUCAAUGAGUUAAAGAUUUGGUGAAACAAGUUAUAUUUUCCUGCCCUCUAUUCUGUGUUGAUCAGAUUAGAUCAACUGUAUUGGUUGUGUUUAAAGUCGCAGUAUGUCCUCAUUGAACAUAAAAACGGUUUAUUUUUUGUCUUAUGUAUUUACUAAUAAAUAGGGGAUAAUUUAUACUGUUAUGACAAUUAGGUUGCAGGAUUUUGCAUUCAGCGCAGUUUGAUCCGGUAUAUUGUUAUACGACGUGUUUCUAUAAAGUCUGUAUUUUCUACAAUCAGAUUUGUACGCCUUGAAUAAAUGUUUGUCAUGUUA